AUAAUUAAAUCAUGUGUCCUAUUACAGCUCUAUUCAACUUGUGUGGUAUAUGUUUAUUUUAUGCAAAUACUCCGUCAGCUUAAAUAGAUGCAAAGUUCUCUCUCUACACAUAACAAUGAAAUUGAGAUCGCUGUUUGUAUUAUUCCUUUAUUCCCACACUUGUUUUUUGUCUACAGAUCUGUCCAUUUCCGGAAUGGGUGUACUGAAGCCUGGGGAAGGGUGAGGUCCGUGGCCAAGUCUGCAAGACGCCUGCCAAGGCCGGACUCCGAGGAGGAGAGGACAGGUGAGCGUUAUGCUAGGGGGUGGGGGGCGGAGCCAGGGGGGUGGCCAGUGCGGUUGCCAGGAGGCGGGACCGGGACACAAUGGGGUCUGGGAGUUGGGCCGGGUGGGAGCGGGAAUUCAGGCACCCCGCGUUACCUUCCCAGCAGGGAGCCACUGCAUCAGGUUGGGCUCCGCCCCCGGAGUCCGGGGUGGAGGGGCCCGGGCCGCCACCUUCUGUCCACAGGUGCUGCCAGCCGUAAGCGCACCCGCGGUACCAUGGGCUCGGACGUCUGGGUCGGCCCUUGGCGGCCGCACCGGCCCCGCGGCCCCAUCGCAGCGCUCUACGGAGGCCCUGGGCCCAAAUACAAGUUGCCCACAAACACUGGUACUGGCGACACGCGCAGGAUUGUCCGGGAUGGGCGGUGGGCAGGAAGAAGCUGGUGCGGUCUCUGAGGGGACUGGGGUGCUGAACCCAGGGCUGGAGGGGGGAGAUCUGUUUGGGGGGUGUGGGGGGCUGUGCCCCGGGAGAAAGCGGCCGGGCCCCGAGGUGAUGCUGGGCCGCCCCGCAGGCUACUUCCUACACGACCCGUCGAGGCCCCGCGCCCCCGCCUUCACCUUUGGCGUGCGUCUUCCCACACCUCAGACUUCGUGCGGCCCCGGGCCCAGCCACCUGGUGCCGGCUCGCAUGACCGUGCGCGGCCCCGACGGCACCCCCGCCUACUCCAUCUCCGGCCGCCCGCGCCACGCAGCGCCCUGCCUCACUCCCGGACCGGGUACUUCCCAGAGCGAGCAGAAAACGCGACGUACCCCAGUGCGCCCCGGCAUACCAUCGCCUCCCGAAACUGGGGCACCCACGCGGAGCAUCAGACCCCAGGUGACCAGAAAGGCCCGUUCCAACUCCCAGGCCUUUGCCACCCCGCACCUGGAGCGGCUCUCCGGGCGCUGGGACUACCCAGCCCUCGCGGAGGCUGGGCGGCUCCGCAAAGACCCAGCCCCAGAUCCCACCCCUUGAUGGCUCCUUCUCAGGCCCCGGGACCUACACUGUGCCCUCGCUCCUGGGCCCGCGCGUCAUCGGCAAAGUCUCCGCCCCAACUUACUCCAUCGGCGGCCGCAGCACGGUGGGCAGUUUCUUCGAGGACCUGAGCAAGGUGGGUGUGUGUGUGUGGGGGGGGCUGCCGGGCACAGCGUAGCGAGGGGUCAACCGGACGGACCGCAGAGGGUCAGGAAGCAAGGGGUGGGGGUCAGUGAACAGCACGGAAUGGAGGCUGAUCUCAGCGCCCCUUCCGCCCUCCCAGACCCCGGGUCCUAGCGCCUACCACGUGGUGAACCCUGCGAUCUACAAGUCUCGGGCUCCCCAAUUCACCAUGCUGGCGCGCACUUCGCUCCCCC